AUGGUGGAGUUAAAACAUUCACAUAAAAAUACAAAAUUUGCAGGAAAAUUAGAUGCGAUGAAAAUAUCAAUACCUUGUGCUGUUAUUACACGUUGGAACUCUCAAUUAUUAACUACUGAAAGUGUUUUAACUAUACCUACUCUUGAAUUAAAUAAAAUUCUAAUCGAAUUAAAACAUUCAAAUCUAUGUUUAAAUGUACGUGAUUUCGCGGCUUUGAAUGAGUUCCUUGCUUUAUUAUCAUUACUUGCUGAAGUAACAACAACUACGCAACGUGAUAAUUCUCCAUCUAUUUCUCUUGUUGCACCAAGUAAUCUUGCUAUUUAUUUUUCCCUAGACUGA